CCUCCCCGUAACCAUGUCAUUCGCGGCGCGGCUGUGUGACAACGCGCCGAAAGCCAUCCAGGCAUCAGCCCUGCACAUCAUCACAUUCAAAAGAGAAAAAAGAAGCGAAGCUCCAAAAGAUGGCGGCCUUCAAUAUCUUAUCAAGAGCCGACAAAAUUAUCUACAGGAAUUUAUCAGCGGCUUGCAGAGCUCAUGUAAACGUCGCUUCACGUUCGGUGAACAAGAUUUGUGGUUGUUACCUCUCUACGUCCAGCAACCGGAAAGCCCAGUUCUACAACAACCCCUUAGAUGCGGUGAAAGACAUUCCUAGUGGCUCCACAUUACUGGUGGGAGGGUUUGGUCUAUGUGGAAUUCCGGAGAACCUGAUUAACAGUUUGUUGAAGACUGGUGUCAAGAGCCUCACUGCGGUCAGCAAUAAUGCUGGGGUUGAUGACUUCGGACUUGGGCUGCUCCUCCAGACCCAGCAGAUCAAACGGAUGAUCUCGUCCUACGUGGGGGAGAAUGCGGAGUUUGAGCGCCAGUACCUCUCCGGAGAGCUGGAGGUGGAGCUCACACCGCAGGGCACUCUGGCAGAAAGGAUCCGUGCUGGUGGGGCGGGGGUCCCAGCCUUCUUCACAGCUACUGGCUAUGGCACACUCAUCCAGGAGGGGGGGUCACCCAUCAAGUACCACAAAGAUGGAAGCAUCGCCAUCGCCAGUGAGAAGCGGGAGGUGCGGGAAUUCAACGGAAGGCAUUACAUCAUGGAGAGAGCCAUCACGGGCGACUUCGCCCUGGUCAAAGCCUGGAAGGCCGACCGAGCCGGAAACAUCAUUUUCAGAAAAACGGCAAGAAACUUCAAUCAACCCAUGUGCAAAGCAGCCAAAGUCACAAUUGUGGAGGUGGAGGAAAUCGUGGAUGUCGGGAUGUUCGCCGAGGAGGACAUCCACAUCCCCGGCAUCUAUGUGCACAGGAUCGUCAAGGGUGACUACUAUGAGAAGAGGAUUGAGAAACGGACUGUUAAAAAAGGCCAGACAGAGAAGCCUAAGCCGAAGAAAGAUUCCGACAUCGUCCGAGAGCGAAUCAUUCGACGAGCCGCCCUAGAGUUUGAGAAUGGAAUGUACGCAAACCUAGGAAUUGGGAUUCCAAUGCUGGCCAGCAACUUCAUCAAGCCUGACAUCAAGGUCCACUUGCAGAGUGAGAAUGGCAUUCUGGGAUUGGGCCCCUACCCCACGGAGGACCAGGUGGACGCGGAUCUCAUCAAUGCCGGCAAAGAAACUGUCACCGUGCUCCCUGGCGCUUCCUACUUCUCUAGCGACGAGUCUUUCGCCAUGAUCAGGGGGGGUCACAUCAACCUCACCAUGUUGGGAGCCAUGCAGGUGUCCCAGUACGGAGACCUGGCCAACUGGAUGAUUCCGGGCAAGAUGGUGAAGGGCAUGGGUGGGGCCAUGGAUCUGGUGGCCAGUGCUGGAACUAAAGUGGUUGUUACCAUGGAGCAUUCUGCCAAGGGGGGUGGACACAAGAUCAUGGAGAAGUGUUCUCUGCCACUGACCGGGAAGCAGUGUGUGGAUCGCAUCAUCACGGAGAAGGCUGUGUUCGACGUGGACAAGAACCAGGGUCUCAGUCUGAUCGAGGUGUGGGAGGGGCUGACGCCUGAUGACAUCAGGAAGUGCACGGGGGCCGACUUCAAGGUUUCUCCAAAUCUGAGGCCAAUGCAGCAGAUUUAAAAAAUGAAUGACAACAGGCGUGCUCAGCAAUACAAAGUUCAGGAUCUUAUCAAACCAUACAAUACACUACAGUAUUACCCAGAAUUCCUGAGAAAUACAUCCCUGACUGUAUCAUAGCAUAGGUCUUUAAGGGUAUUUAGGAAGAACGGUCCAAUGACGUGCAGCGGAUAUUAAUGUUGAUACUGUAAAUGUACGGUAGAAUAUGUAUUUAACUUUGAGUGAAUGGUAUGUGUUCAUUUCAUAGGAACGUGCCAACUCAAAUAUAGCGCUGGAUGCACAUCUACCUAGCGUAAAAAAUUUUAAACAAGGACCCAAUCAUUCCUAUGGUCAGUUACCAUUAUAUAUGUGUUAGUGUUUUAUUUUAUUUUUUUUUAACUUCAAGAGGGUCUUUGUUGUUUGUAAUGUGCUGUUAGCAGUGCAGGAGAUAUGAAGUCCAGUACAAUAACAGGUUUGAUCCAAAUUGGUUGAGACUGGUUAGAUUAACCUCAAGGAAAGCCAGAUCGGCGAUGCAGCUGUCUUCGCAAAAUAGUGCAAAGCCUUCGCUUUUCUACUCAAAUGCUUUUCUCAUUCGUUGUACAAAAAAAAUUAAAAGAUGGCAUGCUAACUGAAA